AGGAGGCGCCGUUUGAAGACGCCCGGCUGUAUAAAAGUGGCUUUUCACACAUAACUGGUCAUUUGAAGGCAACCGGAGUUCAUCCGUUGUUUGGAGCCGGAUGGUGCUGCUUCCAGCUUGGGGAGAUAAGUGAUCAGUGAUCCUUCAUCCCGGGCGUCAGUCGGGGAGGCUCUCUCUCUCUCUGCUCCGCUUUCCUUCUCCCCCUUCUGGUGGUCCCUCUCGAUACACUCUCUACUUGGCCCCUCUCUCCCUAACUUAUAAGCCAUCAAGCAUGGCUCCCACCUUGACCACGGCGUUCGCCAGGCGCUGGUGGAUGGCCGUGACUUCCAUCAUCGAGAAUCUGCUCUUCUCCGCCGUGCUGCUGGGAUGGGGAUCGCUGCUCAUCAUGCUCAAGUCGGAAGGCUUCUACUCUUACCUUUGCAACGAAGAGGGCUUCAACAGUUCCAGCGCCAAUCUAUCCCAAAACCUAGCAACAGAGGCACCGGAUGAAUAUGCUGAGUACUAUGAGAGCGAGCAUGGCUCGGUUGGUCUGGGAGACGGAGUGGAGAUGAGGCCCCUGGUCCCUGUCGAUGGGCCCCUGAGGAUGAACGGCUGGCUGAUUUGUAAAGAACAGGAUGAGAUGCUGAACCUGGCGUUCACGGUGGGCUCCUUCCUGCUCUCCGCCAUCACGCUGCCACUGGGGGUCGUCAUGGAUAAAUACGGGCCUCGCAAACUACGACUGCUGGGCAGCACGUGUUUUGGAUUCUCCUGUCUACUAAUUGCUUAUGGAUCCUACAAUCCAAAUGAACUCUCCGUCCUUAUCUUCAUUGCCCUGACUUUCAAUGGAUUUGGGGGCAUGUGCAUGACCUUCACCUCUCUCACGCUCCCUAACAUGUUUGGGGACCUCCGCUCCACGUUCAUCGCCUUGAUGAUUGGCUCCUAUGCCUCCUCUGCAGUCACCUUCCCUGGUGUCAAGGUGAUCUACGACCUUGGUAUACCUUUCAUCACUAUCCUGGUGGUGUGGGCUGCAUGUUCUGGUGUGGUCUUCUUGAACUGCUUCCUGAACUGGCCAUUGGAGCCCUUCCCCGGACCAGAAGACAUGGACUACACUAUAAAGAUCAAGUUCAGCUGGCUGGGCUUCGACCAUAAAAUCACAGGGAAGCAGUUCUACAACCAAGUGACCACCGUGGGACGUCGUCUAAGUGUGGGCGACAAUCUGAAGCAGAAGGAGUUGGCCACCAAGGACGGAAACCAGCUCUGCCUCUCCACCACCGACCUGGAAAUGGAGAAGAAAGAAGAGUCCCAGUCAUUCUUGAAAACCAUCACCAGCACCAUCUUCGUGCUGAGUCUGGUGACCAUGUCCAUCACUCAGCUCCGUCUCUUGUUCUACAUGGGAGCCAUGAACAGCGUUCUGGAGUCGCUCAGUGAUGGAGACCUCGACAAAGUGGAAAGAAUGGAAGUCGUGGGUCUGUACUCUUCCAUCUUCGGCGUAUUGCAGCUGCUUUGCCUGAUGACCACUCCUGUGAUUGGUCAGAUCAUGGAUUGGAAGCUGAAGGAAUGUGAUGAUGGAGUGGAGGAAAAGGGGCCGUGCAGAAAGGGGGAGACAAAGAUUAAGCGCAGAGACAAAAAAACACAGAAGGUGACCAACGCCUUGCGAGCAUUUGUCCUCACCAACGUCCUCUUAGUGGGAUUUGGGAUCACUUGUCUGGUGCCCAAUCUCCCCCUGCAGAUUGUGUCGUUCGUCUUGCACACUGUCGUGAGAGGAUUCAUUCAUUCGGCGGUUGGCGGCCUCUACGCUGCUGUGUAUCCCUCCUCACAGUUUGGCAGUCUCACCGGCAUGCAGUCUCUGGUCAGCGCCGUGUUCGCUCUCCUGCAGCAGCCCCUGUUUCUGGCUAUGAUGGGACCCUUGGAGGGAGACCCUUUCUGGGUCAAUAUUGGACUCUUUGGUCUGAGUAUGCUGGGCUUCUUGCUGCCUCUCUACCUGAUCUGCUACAGACGGACACUCUACAAAGAGCAGCAGCAGCGGGAGGAAAAUGCUAAGAUCUACCUAAAAAUCAACGGCUCUGACGUCCCCGAGGCCUUCGUCUAGAGAGAGGUCAAAGCGGAGCAAAGGACAACAGAGGAUAAAGAACGUUAAAGAAGAACUACUUAGAAUAUGGCAUUUAAACCUGCUGUGUGAGUUAUGUAGGUUCCCAUAGAGUACACACACACACACACUGAAAAAGAAGAUAAAAUGAGGCGGUGGUUGUCGCAGAAUCUGGUCCGUUGGACAAUUGCUAAGUAAGAAGGUUGAAACGCUGAGGGAAAAGGAAAAACACAAGAGGAAAGACUGUGAAAGGAAAGAGGCACAAGCCCUCUGCAUCUCCCCCCCAAAUCCUCAGACUUAUUUUUCUAAUACCUCCUCUCUCCAAACAACAUAUGAGUGCAGAUCUGCUGCACAUAAGACUGUUUUAAUAUCCCACAAAUGAACAGCAAAGGAGAGUUUGUUUCGCCGAAGAAACAUCAUCGCUGCGACAGCUUCAAUACUGCUUAACAUUAACCACAAAAUGACCUCACCAUCAUUGGAAGUCAGACAUUUUCUUAUAUGUUGACUUCAAAUCACCCCAUUGUAAAUCCCAUAACAUGGUGCAAGCUGUCUGCACUCCACAGGAUUCUUUGCUAGAUGGUUUAAGGUAAGUGUGAACUGCAUGGCAUUAAUGAGCAAAAGGGAGGAGGGAAAAGCCUUAUUCCAGACGUGUUAAAGAGAAUUAUGAAUGAUUAUACGGCGGGAUUCUUUCUUUUCUACCAGACAAACAUUUUACAGUAACUUAAGUGGCAGUUGCCUUGGAUAUACUGUAUGGAUGUUUUUCGGGUUGUAUUAUGAAAGAGCAAAGUCAGACCAACUGCAAUAUGUUUUAGGAGAGUUAAAUGUUCAUUUAGCUUUAGAGUAUUUAUUUUAUUUCUUGCAGUUUUUAGUUUUUUUUUUUUUAUAGGUUAAGUUUACCGACAAAAUGUGUUCAUUUGGCAGCAUUACACAUAUCAGUGAAUAUUGGUCCCCCCAUCAUGUUCCCCGUCCAGUGUAUCAAUAAAUCGUCAUUAUUUCCUUUCUGUUCAGCA